AUGGAUGGUUUGUACUAUUCAGAGGAUAACACGUAUACCAAGGAACUCGCUGUCUUCAAGUGGAACAGAGAGUACCUCGCAGCAUGCGACGCUAUGGGACGUACUGCGCGCCCUGGUAGUCAGGUCGAGAGUUGGGUGCGUGGCACAGGGUUCGAUAAUGUCGAGUCUCAGAAGUUCGAGACCCCGAGUGGGCAAUGGGCCAAGGAUCCGCAAGUCAUAGAUGUGGGUAUAAUUUGUCUCAGUCAGCUGCUCGGCGGUCUCGAAGGCUUUACUCUUAAGGUCUUUUGUGGGUUUUUGGGUAAUAUUCAGGAGGAGGUGCUUGUCAUGCUCAGCCAUGUGCGCAAAGAGUUGAGUUCGGGGGCAGCUCACGUCUUGGUCAACCCGUGA